AUGGGAUUCCUAAAGUGCGUCACAGCCUCUCUGUAUACGAUUCGAGCCUCCUCAACUCCCUGUAGUCAGGUGAAAGAGCUACGAAGUGAAGCUGAAAAGCUGCACACAGGCCCAUGUUGGCGUCGAUGCAUCUAUAGCGCACGCGAUGCACAGACGCUGAAGGACAUGCAAGCGAAAGUGACUCAUAUCAUCAGGUUUUUCCAGGUAAACUGUCUCGUUGUAAUCACCCAGGCGAUGGACCAGCUUAUUGAGAGGAUGAGUCAGCAGAGUGAGCUGCUCAUUAUAUGUUGCUUAUUUCCGUGUUGGCGAACAGGACGUGACGAUGUACUCGAGAGACUACCGCGCGCCGAUGCGGGAUACCGUGCGUCAACCAACAACUCCAAAAGCAAGUUCCUUCCAGGAACUUGCAAAGAGAUGUUCGAGCGGCUCUCCCAGUGGGUUCGCGGCGAAGGCGCGGACGUCGAGGGCCGGUUCAUCUGUCAUAUUUCUGGCGUUGCCGGCGCAGGAAAGUCUACUAUUGCCCGCGAGUUCGCCGAACUCCAAGACAAAGACGGUGGACUCGCUGCGUCAUUCUUCUUCGCUCGUGACGUCGCGGACUGCUCCUCCACUCGCCUUUUCUUCCCGACCCUCGCUUAUCAAGUCGCGCGAUCUCAAGGAGACAUCUGCUCCCUCAUCGUCGACGCCGCCCGGAAGCAUCUCAACCGCGGCCAGAGUCAACAGAUGCAAUUCGAAGCGGAGGCCCUUUUGACGAAGCCGUUGUCACUGGUCGAUCCCUCGCAUCGUCGCAUCGUCUUCGUCGUCGACGCCCUCGACGAAUGCGUCGAACCCAUGGACCGCUCUCUCCCCGGCACCUUGGUCGAGCUCUUCGUCGGCGGUGCGCGGCGAGCACGCUUCCCAGUGAAGAUUUUGUUCACGAGCCGUCCCUUGGAUGCCGUCGAAACAGCUAUAUAUGCCAGUAUCGACUCUCUACAGGACAAGAUCUACUCGCUCGACCUCAGUAAACAGUCCCCUGCAUCCGUGCUUGAGGACGUCAAGCUGUUCCAAGUUGGAGACUGGCUAGCCAAGAGCAUUCGUGGCCCUAUAGUAGUGAAUCAUCAGCACCGCAGCGACCUCGUCGAUCGUCUGGCGGAGCGCUCGGAAGGGCUGAUGGUCUACGCAGACACGGCCGUCAAUUAUCUUGGUGAAUACCCCGAGGACGUGGAAGACCGCGCAGAGUAUCUCCUCUCCAACCCCAAGCGAUGUGAGCUGCUCGGGCCUCUCAACGACCUCUACCUGAAGGUGCUCGAGAUCGCGUUCCCAAGGGACAACAUGGAGAACGAGGAGCCGCUGCGGGAUCGUGUGCAGACGAUGCUCGGGACCAUCGCGCUUCUGAGAGACCGCUUCUCGCCGAACGACCUCUAUAAGCUGCUGUCUACGCCCACGGAGACGUCUGUUUCCGUCCUCCGCCACCUUCGUUCCGUCGUCUUCUUCGACCGCAACGACCUCGACGCGGCGUUCCGCCCCUUCUCCCAGUUCGUCGUCGACCUCCACCCGAAGUACGACAAGGGCCCGUACCUCGUGAACACGGUGCGCGAGCACGGACGCAUCGCCGCGGGGUGCCUCGACACCCUCGUGUCUUCCCUGCAUCAGAACCCGCUCCAUCUAGCGUCUGGGACGGCGCGGUCAGGCGUCGCGGAGGUGGAGAGGCGGGUGGCGGCUGAGAUCCCGAAACACGUGCGGUACGCGUGUCUGCACUGGGCGGGCCACCUCGCGCAGUCGGACCAGGACUCGAAGGACGUGUACGCGGCGCUGGACAAGUUCGCGAAGUCGGCGCUGCUGCGGUGGGUGGAGACGAUGGCGUGGAUGGGCCGGAUGGACUCGGUGACGGUGUCGCUGGACAGGGUUGUUGCGUGGCAAGUAUGUCUUUGGGGUUUUUUUUCGCGCUUCGGAGGCUGA